AUGCCACCCAUUCCCAAAACUCUCUUCUCUGUCUCGUUCCUGCACACGAUCCCGAGGUCAACCGAUUCUUCAACUUUCCCUCCAUUCUGCUCCUAUUCCUCCUCAGUAAGUCAUGUUAGAUGGUCGAGCCGACGGCUUCGCAUCUUUGCGACUGGUUGGUCGUUUUCCAAGGAUGGCGUGAUCUCAUGGUUUCUGAGCAGACUCUCCCACAUUCUCUCCCAUCCCCAGUUCUUCCUACGAACAACACCGUCAGAAUGUCUUACGCCGACGCUGCUGCCCAGGGCCCGAAGCAGAGCCCAGCCGAAUCGCGCGCCCAACAUCUCCAAGGUCUACAAGGAUGAGUCCGAAAGCACGGCAUCCCUGGUGGACGUCGACUCCCCGCACGUGACCACGGUAGACUCCAGUUUCCUGGAACAGGACGUCAAGACGUCGACCCAGGCCGAGCGCAUCGAGCGCGAAGAGGAGGAAGCAGCGAAGGAGAAGAAGGCUCGCACCGAGCGCAAAGCCAAGGCCAAGUCUUCCGGCAUCCGUAACAACAAGAGCAACCCCGUGUAUCUGGGCAACGCUGUGCUUCUGAGUGCCAUCGGCGCAGGACUUGGAUUCGGUGCCUACCGAAAACACCUUGACGGUAAGCUGUCGUGGCAGCUCGUCGGUCUGUGGUCCGGGGCUGUCGGAGCCUUCGGCGCAGUUGACUACUUCGUUAGCAAGUGGUUCCUUCAGAACAAGUACCCCCCCAAAUAG